AUGGCCCAUACUUUCUGCUAUUCCCAUCUUCUUCCUCUACUAUUCUCAUUCUUCUCCUUAUUUCUCUUUGGUAAUUCACUCUACUUUAAAAAAGUUGGAUUUGACACUAACGAUGCCGACAUCCUCUACAUGGGAUCUGCAGGAUCUCGAGUUGGCACUGUUCGAUUCAACAUCUAUGAAAAGUAUACUUGUCAAGUUGGAUGGGCUAUCUAUGCUAGAAGGGUCAAGCUUUGGGACUCAAGUACUGGACGCAUCGCUGACUUCACCUCUCAUUAUACUUUCACAAUAGAUAAUGAAGGUAAAACUAUUUAUGGUCAUGGACUUUGCUUCUUCCUUGCUCCUUUUGGUUUUGAAAUCCCUCCAAAUUCUGCUAGCGGCUUUUUGGGCCUAUUCAAUAUUACAACCGGUGUAUCAUCACAAAGCCAGAUUGUUCAUGUGGAGUUUGACUCUUAUGCAAAUAGUGAAUGGGGUGAGAUGACGCAACAUGUGGGAAUCAACAAUCACUCUCUUGUCUCAUCAGUAUCUACAUAUUGGAAUGCUAGUCUACACAGUGAUGAUGUUGCAGAUGUGUGGAUUACCUACAACUCUACAUUGAAGAACUUGAGUGUAUCAUGGAAAUACCAGAAAACGCACAAUCCUCAAGAGAACAAUAGUCUUUCUUAUAUAAUUGAUUUAUCUAAGGCAUUGCCUGAAUGGAUUACAGUUGGAUUUUCCACAGCAUCGGGGUCAUUAGGAGAAAUUGAUACUCUUCUCUCUUGGGAGUUCAACUCAACUUUGGAUGAUACAGAACAAAGCAAAAACAAGACAACACUUGCGGUGAUUCUGAGCAUAGUUUUAGGGGGUAUUGCUUUGAUAGUUGGAGGAGCAAUUGUUGCAUAUGCGUUACUUUGGAGGAAGAAGAAAACAAGAAGUGCACAAGAAGAAGGUAUGAACUUAACAACAAUGAAUGAUGAUCUUGAAAGAGGAGCAGGACCAAGAAGAUUCUCUCAUAAAGAGCUUGCGAAAGCUACCAAUAAUUUCUCUGAGAACAGAAAAUUGGGUCAAGGUGGGUUUGGAGCUGUUUAUCGUGGUUAUUUUCCUGAAAUAGACUUAACAGUUGCGGUGAAGAAAAUAUCAACAGGAUCAAGACAAGGAAAAAGAGAGUAUGUAACUGAGGUUAAGAUUAUUAGUCAACUAAGACAUAGGAAUCUUGUGCAGCUUAUCGGUUGGUGUCACGAAAAAGGCGAGUUUCUACUUGUCUAUGAGUUUAUGCCAAAUGGUAGCCUUGAUGCUCAUUUGUCAGGAAAGAAACCUCCUCUUCCAUGGAGUGUGAGGCACAAGAUAGUUCGAGGGUUAGUCUCAGGAGUGCUAUACCUUCAUGAAGAAUGGGAACAAUACGUGGUUCACAGAGAUAUCAAGUCAAGUAAUAUAAUGCUAGAUUCUAGUUUCAAUGUAAAACUUGGAGAUUUUGGGUUGGCCAAACUUGUGGAUCAUGAUUUGGGACCCCAAACAACGGGAUUGGCAGGCACAAUGGGUUAUAUGGCUCCCGAAUAUAUGAGUACAGGUAGGGCAAGUAAGGAAUCAGAUGUUUAUAGUUUUGGAGUAGUUGCCUUAGAGAUAGCCACAGGAAGGCAAGCAAAUGACCUUAUGCAGGAUAGAGGUGCAGAAUUAGGAUUGGUCGAGUGGGUUUGGGAUCAUUAUGGAAGAAGAGAGCUAGCUUUGGCAAUGGAUAAAAUUUUGGGAAAAGACUAUGAUGAGAGAGAAGUAGAGUGUUUGAUGAUUGUAGGGUUGUGGUGCGCCCACCCAGAAAGGAAUUUGAGGCCAACUAUUAGGCAAGCAAUCCAGGUGUUAUGCUUGGAGGCUGCACUGCCAGACCUUCCACCAAAGAAGCCUGUUCCAAUAUAUUAUGUUCCCUCAACAAAAGAGAUCUCCGAACCUGCUUUCUUGACUACGACCCUGCAAACAGGUCGUUGAUUAUAUUCAGGAUAUGAAAUUGUGUUUUGUUCAACCACCUAUGUAUUUACAUCAAUGCAAAUUUCUAUAAACAAAUCUUGAGCUUGAUUCUUCAUUCUGUUGCUCUGUAUAUUUGUUAAUUAAGAUGUUGUGAUUAAUGUCAUGAAUGCUGGUGUAAGUUAUGUUGUCUCUACUUAUGUGACAAACAGUACAA